AUGCCCUCCAACGGGCUGGCGGGCGGGGCCCCUGGCGUGCGGCCCGUGAUCUGCCCUGUCUCGCGUGACUUGAACAAGGCGGUCAUGCUGGGCUGGGCGUCCCGCCCCCGGGAAGUCGAGUGCUCAGCCUCCCUCCCCAGCGCCAGGAUGGUGCGCCAAGUGAUCCGCGUGCCCUACUCCGAGGACCGGCCCCGCCUGACCAAGGCGGCCCCCAGCCUGGCGGGCACCCUCCCCUGCCCUAUCCCCCGCUCUGCCAUGCACCGGGUGCCCUCCCUCCUCUUCGACAUGGACCUAGACCUGGAGCACAGCCACCUGGCCCGAGUGGCCACCCUGGAUGAGACGGAUCUGGCCUCCACACGCGCCGCCAUCCUGGCAGCGCUGGAGCCCACCAGCGACGCCGAGUACAUGGUGCUGCUGCACGUCCGCUUCGCGCGCGACGACGCGCUGCGCCGCGGUAGGGCCCUCACCCUGGCCUCCCUGGCCGAGGUUCUGCACCGGCUGGGGUACGGGGUGCGCAUCCGCACCGCCAACGGCGGCGGGCGCUGCGGCGCCUGCCUGCGCAACCUGCGCCACUCCUUCCUGGCCGUGUCGCUGGCAGGGCCGGGGACGCCCUGUGACCUCAUCGUCGACCCCGCCUUUCGCGAACAGUUCCAGAUUGCGCACAUGAUGGAGCGAUACAGGAGGGUCAUGGCCAUGGUGCCCGAGGAGGUGGUGCUCCCCCCCGCUCGUCUCGAGAAGCUGGUGGAGGUGCUGUGCGGCGAGAUGCAGCGCGCCUUCAGCGAGAAGGACCUCUCCCUGCCCCCCUGGCGCGCCCUGGGCGCCAUGCUCUCCAAGUGGCACCCCGGCCAGGGCAAGUCCAAGGACGUGGCAGUGCAGCCGCGGAGCAGGGGCGGGGGGGGGAGCGCCGCGUCUGACGCCCAGCGCCGUCUGAUCCAGUCGCUGCAGCCCCAGGCAGACGCGCAGGACGCGGCUGCCGCGAUUGACACGCCGGAUGCGGGGGCCGUCCCGCCGUCCACCCGCGCAGACGGCUGCCCCGAGUGCGGCUCCCGCGCCUGCGCCACGCACGCCUGCCCGCCCUUGUUCCUGGGCCCGCGUGGCAACGUGGCUGCCGAGGAGGAGGAGCACCUGCUGGACGACCUGGAGGCCGGCGGGGAGGCAGAGGCGCUCCUGGGUUCGUCCCCGGGGGCCAUCGCCACGCCCUCCUCGGCCAGCGACAGCGAGGGCGACUCCCCGCUGGUGCGCGCCCGCACGGCGCGGCCCACCCCCUCCCUCCACGUCAGCUGGGGCCUGGGCCUGGGCCUGGCCUCCUCCUGCAGCGGCAGCGCCCUGGGCGACGGCUCCCAGGCCUCCCGCAGCGCCCUCCAGGCGCAGUAG